CAACCGCCAUGGCCACUGAGGUGAAACCAGACAUGUCUCUGCGUCCUCUGGGCAUGGGGCCACCCCCGGAGCGAGAGCUGUUGUGUAUCUUUGGGACGGGGGACCUGGGUCGCUCUCUGGGCCAGCGGCUGCUCCAGACGGGCUACAGGGUGGUCUACGGCAGCCGCAGGCCCCACAGCUGUGGCCCCCUGCCCCCGGGGGCUCAGGUUCUGAGUCACACAGAAGCUGCCCAGUUAGCCAGUCUCAUCUUCAUUUGUGUUCACAGAGAACAUUAUGAUUUCCUGGAGACACUGGCCCCACAGCUCAAGGGGAAGGUGUUUGUAGACCUCAGUAAUAACCAGAAAAAGGACAUGUACCCGGAUACCAAUGCUGAGUACCUGCAAAGGCUGGUCCCCGGAGCCCUGGUGGUGAAGGGCCUGAACACGCUGUCUGCCUGGGUACUGCUGAACGGACCGCUGGCUGGGAAACAGGUGUUCCUGUGUGGGGACAGUGCUGAGGCCAAGCAGGCGGUCAGAGAGCUGGCUACCAGGCUGGGCCUCAGCGUCCUGGACAGAGGCAGUCUGUCAGCCGCCAGGGAGGUGGAGGACUUCCCCCUGCAGCUGUUCCCCGAGUGGAGGCUACCUCUCUGCAUCGCCACCGGCCUCACCGCCUUCUUCUUCUUCUACCUGCUCAUCAGAGACAUUAUCUAUGCCUAUGUGGAGCAGGACAAGGACAUCUCCUUUAGGAUCAUGGUGUCCCUGGCCAACAAGGUGUUCCCCAUCGUAUCUCUGAUCAUGUUGUCUCUGUGCUACCUGCCAGGCGUAAUGGCUGCCAUCCUUCAGCUGUAUAGAGGAACCAAGUACAGUCGCUUCCCUGAUUGGCUGGACCGCUGGAUGCUGUGUAGGAAGCAGCUGGGCCUUUUGGCACUGGCCUUAGCCUUCCUGCAUGUGCUCUAUACAUUCAUCAUCCCCAUACGUUACGCUGUCAGACAUAAACUCAUCUCAACGGUGGUGGAUGAGAUGAAGGACAACAAAAGCACCCCGUUCUACUUUGAUAACACCGAGGCCUGGGCCACAGACUCCUUCUUCGUGCUCGGCAUCAUGGGCUUCUUCCUGUACUUCCUGCUGGGAUUGACCUCCCUCCCGUCUGUGGGGGGCUCCCUCAGCUGGAGAGAGUUCACCUUCGUCCAGUCCAAGCUCGGUCACCUCACUCUUAUCGUAUGCACGGCCCAUGGAUACAUAUAUGGCUGGAACAAGUUCCUGAAGCCCUCCACCUACAAGUGGUGGACCCCGCCGGGCUACAUGCUGUGUCUGGUGGUGCCUUCCGUGGUCCUGUUCCUCAAGCUGCUGAUGGUGCUGCCCUGCGUGGACCGGAGCCUGGGCCGCAUACGGCAGGGCUGGGAGAGGACGGGGCCGGAAGAGGGGAGGGCCAGCCUCAGGGCCACUACUCUCUGA